AUGGAAAAGCUAUCCGAAUCGUGUACCGCAUUCGAAAAGUUCAAGGAUGCGUUGAAGCAAGGAGGCGAUAAGAAAACUAAGGAGAUACAGCAGUAUACGAAGACGUACUCGGCACACGACGAUUUGGAGGUGCAACUCAAGUCUGCAAUCAGCCGACUCCAGUUGGCAGAACACUACAAAAAGUCGCAAGAGAUUACUCAUAAGAUUAAAGAAGACGGGUUCCGUGAGACUAUUGCUGAAAGGGAUCAGACGAUUGAGUACCUGAUGAAUCAGUUGGCUCAGAAAGGGUGCAAGACCUGCAAGAGUUCGGAGAAGAGUGAGAAAAAACUCAGCUUCUUCGCAGGAUCAAAAUCCACGGAGGCCCAAAUUCAAUCUGCCAAAACUGACAACUACAUCAAAUCUCUCGAAUCGGAAGUCCAAAAUCUCAAAAAAAGUGUGAAAGAGAACGAGGAGUACUACGAGAACUCGGUGAGCAACUACGCCAAACAAAUCCAUGAAACCGUCAAAUACAUGCAUGAGCUUCGUUUGGAUUACGAGGCGAAGGAUCAUAUGUUGUGGAAGACGUUGGAAGAGCAGAAGAAGAAGAUUGAGGCGAUGGAGACGGAGCAUCAGAAGGCGUUGAAUGUAAUUGGAAAGCAGGAGUUGCAGUUGGAGGAUCUUCGGAAGAUAAGGGACGCCGUUGAGGAUGCAGACGCCGAAAAGCUCCAGAAUUCGCAGAAGGAUUCUGAAUAUCUCAGCUUCGACGUGGCACUUCUCACUCGUCAGUUGGAGGAGGCCAGGCAAGACAACCGUACCGCCCAAAAAGAGAUCAUCGAGCUAUCCGCUAAGCUUCUCAACAAGGAAAACGACCUGGAAACCGCUCAAAAGAAAAUCGACGAGUUGUCCGAUAAGCUUCUCGUCAAAGAAGCAGACGUGGAUGAUUUUCAACAGGAGAUCGAGAAUCUCCUUGAGGAUAUCCAAGAGCACAAAGCUCAAGAAGAGUUCCUAAACGAGAGCAUUCAACGAAUGGAGGCGGAGCAUGCGGAGGCGAUGCAAGAGUUGCAGGUGAUUAUCGACAAGCAGGAUGAUGACUUGGAGAAGUACCGGAUGGAGGAGGAGAAGGAGGCAAACGCCGUGGAGAGAUACUUUGCGGGAUUGAAGAUUGAUGAAGAAGGGGAACUGGAAGAGGAGGGAGAGAGAAGAGAGUCGGUCGAUUCGGAUGGCUGGAAGAAGUUGGAUGAGAGUGAUGGUAGUGAUGUGGAGGAGGAGGUUGAAGCUAACUAG